AGUUUUAUAUAGUCAUUUUUAACCGAUAAAUGUAAUUUUAAUAUCGAUUAAUUGGACAGAUAUGGCUGAUGUUAUUGCUCGAUCUCACGGGGGUGAUGGUGGAGGAUGCGAUCCUCCACGUGGACCGUCAGAUAUCCCAGCUGAUUGUGAACGAGCGCCUCCAAACAAACGUGGACGCCAUAAAGGAUUGAACACGCGGGAAAAAAGGGAACAGUUGGGGCGUCCUCUCCCUCUCGAGUGGGAUGUGCAGGGGAGAACAUAUAAAGAGAUCGGAGAUUACAGCUCAAAUUUCUCAAGAGAGCUCGGAUUACUUGUUCGACAGUACACAGAUCCGGACUGUCCUCAAUGGUCAAAAGUACCAAAUGCCUCGAAACAAAGAAUAAUUGCACAUUUGGAAGAUGAUUUGUUUGAUAUUGGGCGUACUAGAUAUGGAGAAGGGCAUAUGCCUGGGAUCUUGAGAGACAUUGAUACUUCGUAUUUUGGGUAUCUCCGCCCUUUGGAAGCAUUUUCCGGUGACACCGGAGGUCAUUUGGGCGAAGGAGCUGUACUUUCAUGA